AUGACAACAUACCCUCCAACCCUCCCACAAAUAACCUCCCCCAAAACCCACGCCGCCGCCCUCGCCCACUCCUCCGGACUGUCGCCCACCGGCCCCAUCGUCCUCAUCUACGUCACCUCCUCCGCCAACCCCAUCUGCCGACGCACCACGCCCAAAAUCCAGCUCCUCGCCGCCAACUCCAAAUACGCCGACGGCGAGCGAGUCAAGUUCUACCAGAUGGAGCUAACGCCCGAGACAGCCCCGAUGAUCAAGUUUGGAAUCCAGAACACGCCGAUCUUCAUUGCGUAUCGGGGGAAGUGGUGCCAGACGGUGUUGGGGCCGGAUUUGGUGGGUGUGGAGAGGAUGUUGGAUGGGCAGUUGGGGCUGAGGGGUAAGUAG